GCAGCACAGCAAACAGCGACAGUGGAGGCUAUAGAUGACACAACCACGACAUCCAAUUUCACUGCCAUGUACAGAACCGUGAACACCACUCUUGAGGAGGUAGUUACCGGUGCAGGCGAUCCACAAGAAAGUUUAUUGAGCACUACUGAUUUGACUGUCAGCGUGACCGAUGCUAACAUCGGCAGCAAUAGCACCGCUGGAAGCAUCAACGUAACCGACAGUGCGGUUUUCAACAGUACAACUGUUAGCGACGUCAACACCGCUGACAGUACAACUGUUAGCGACGUCAACAUUACCGCUGUCCACCCAAGCAACACUUCUGUAAUAAAUGAGUCUUCAAGUGUGCUGCCUCGGACCGCGGCACCGCCUACGACAAUAGUGGUGACAAGAGCUCAUUCAUCAACAAAAGCUGAACUAACUGCCUCCAAGCGUGAGCCAACUACACAGGCGACUACUCUUUCUGAGAAGACAAGCAGCACAACUGUUUCGGGAUCUGCGACACCUUCUCGGAAGACAUCUGCUGCUCCGCCCAAAAAAACUCGGUCUUCAGCUACAACACGAAAAGCUACUUCGGAGCCGUUCACCGAGAUGGUCUGA